CUCCUGCUCGCUUCAUCCCUCAGCUAUCCUUUCGGCCGUCGUCUGCCUCGUCUUGGGCUUGAAUUUCUCUCUUUCCCUUCUUUCUACCUCCUAGUAAUAUUUUUGCUGAAGAGAAACGCCACUCUUUUCCAUUCACAAUGUUCUUCUCGUCACUCCUCGCUCUGGGGGUGGCUGCUAGCCCCGCGCUCGCGCAGACUGCAGGCUCGUUCGAACAGGUUGGGGAUACCCUAGUGAGCGCCAUGAUGAUGUUCCUUGGUAACGAGGGCAAGGUCUACAUUCUUGACAAAACAGAGGGAAAUGCAGCACAAGUUAACGGUCACCCAGCUUGGGCGUCAGUAUGGGAUGUCGCCUCCCGCACCGCCACAGUCAUGGAUGUGGAGACUAACCCGUUCUGUGCGGCGGGUAUGCAUCUACCAAAUGGAUCUUUCGCAACCUUUGGUGGCAACGGCGCCAUCACCACCGGAGGUGACAUCGGUUCGGUGAAGCAAGCCGGUGGUUCGAGCGCUAGUUAUGAUGCUACCUACCAAGACUACGACGGUACCAAAGCCAUCCGGAUUAUCACUCCCUGUGACGGUGACGUCUCGUCGUCGGGCUGCUCCUGGUACGAUUCACCCAACGGCCUGCAGAUGCAGAAGCACAGAUGGUACCCAGGAGCGGAGCCUCUCGCGGAUGGAAGCGUUGUCUUGGUCGGUGGUUUCGUGAACGGUGGAUACAUCAACAGGAACUACCCCAACACCGAUCCAGAGUACGAAGGAGGCGCUGCUGAGCCGACUUACGAGUUCUAUCCCUCGAAUGGGACCGCUCAGGUCAUGCAGUUCAUGAUCCAGACUAGCGGUUUGAAUUCGUACGCACACACCUAUCUUAUGCCGUCCGGGCAGAUGCUCGUACAAGCUAAUUGGUCUACUGUCUUGUGGGAUUACUAUAACAACGUUGAGACGCCCCUCCCUGACAUGCCUGGUCACGUUGUCCGCGUCUACCCUGCGUCGGGCGCCGUCGCUAUGCUUCCCCUCACCCCUGCGAACAACUGGAACCCUACUCUCCUUUUCUGCGGUGGAUCCGACAUUCCCGAACAAGACUGGGGAGACUAUUCUUGGCCAGCUAUCAACACUUUUGAUUACCCCGCCUCGACCGAUUGCCAACGCCUUACACCAGAACCUACCGAUGGAUCUACUCCGGCAUACGAGCAGGACGACGAUCUGCCUGUUGGUCGUACGAUGGGCCAGUUUAUUGCUCUUCCGGACGGGACGAUGCUGAUAUUGAACGGAGGUCAGAAUGGUACUGCAGGAUACGCUACACAAACUGGAGAGACCGAGUCUUAUAGUCAGAUGCCCUAUGGCAUGUCCCUCGCGGCUGGACCCGUCACCCAGCCUGUCCUCUAUAACCCGAACGCAGCGAAGGGAAGCCGCUUCUCCAGCGCGGGCUUUGGCAGCUCUUCUCUUCCUCGUCUAUACCACUCCACAGCACUUCUCCUCGCUGACGGUUCCGUUUUCGUCGCUGGCUCCAAUCCCAAUGUCGACGUCAACCUCACUACCUACUUCCCCACCACCUACACCGCCGAAAUAUUCUACCCGUCUUACUUCAGCGCCACCACUCGCCCCUCGCCACAGGGCAUUCCCUCGACGCUCUCCUACGGUGGAAACUACUUCGAUGUCACCGUCGACUCUUCGUCUUACUCUGGAUCCGCAAACACCGCUGCCGCCAACACUUCCAUCUGGCUCAUGCGUCCCGGAUUUACGACUCACGCUAUGAACAUGGGACAGCGCGCUAUGCAACUCAACAGCACGUACUCCGUUGCGUCGAAUGGAACGAUCACCUACCACGUCUCACAACCUCCCCCCAACGCAAAUUUGUUCCAGCCUGGCCCAGGGUUGUUGUUCGUCACGAUCAACGGAAUUCCGAGUAACGGAACGAUGGUGAGAGUGGGCAGUGGGAAUAUCGAGACACAGACGUUGUCGAGCGUGGCGGACUUGCCUACAAGCCAACCUUCGUCUGAUGAUACAUCGGGCACUGGAUCUGGUUCGAGCAAUUCGAGCGAUCAAUCCAGUGGUGCGAGGUCAGUAGAGGGCGUGAGGAUCGGUAGCAUGGGUGCGAUGUACGGUGCGGUGAUGUUGGCCGGUGCUGGGCUUGCGAUGUUGGGGCUGUGAGAUGUUUCGUCUGAUUGGUCUCUAGGAGAUGGUCCUAACGACCACAUGCGCAUCUGAUGUGCUUGCAUGGCUGACUCUAUUGAUCGCUGACAUUGAACUACCUUUCUUCGCAUGCAAUUUGGUUUUUCAUCAUGGACUCUGAUAGACUUGAUGACUCUUCGGACGCUUUGCAUAUCCUUUAUCCCGCGUAGUACCUUCCUACCCAUCCGCCUAACACCCCUCCAUCCUCGCCGAACCCUACCCAUCGCCGCGGACUCUGUGCUAUCACCUGUCAUUCGUUAUCCUAUACCUCUGUAUAUAAACACUUCAUGUCGCUCGCAUACGUACUUACGGUUCCUGCCUUUAUUCAACAGCAGCCGCAUCCCUACAUUCCGCCUCAAUCUUGAUAAUCCCUAUUUAUCCCGUUCAUUCUCCGUCCUCCCGUUCUGACCGUCAUCGUACUCAUAUGUCUGUGAUAUAUACAUCUCUCGUCGCUCACU